AGCAGGCAGUGGCCAGGGCUACCCCAAGAGUGUCCAGGGAUUUGGGCCGCUGACCCAGGUGCUCCCAGAGGCGCAGAGGAGUAGAAUUUGAGCAGGCUGAGGAGGCCCAACUCCAAGAUUGGGGCCUCUGGCUCAAAAGAGCCCAGGGGAGGAGAGGUGACUCUUUAAGUCGUUGAGCCAGGCCCAGACUGGGGAGCACAGAGGUCGUGAAAGAUAAAGGAGGUAGAGGAGAAAAGGAGGUCGGAACGAUUUUUGGAGAUAGUGAGCUGCUUGUCGAGGGAGGCAUUCAAAUGCACCACAUCAACAUUGAUAACUCAAGAUCCCUUCCAAAGGGAGACAAUCAAUGCCCAUUUCACAGAAGAGGAAAUUAAGGUUACUCAGGACUACAAGGACAAGAGCUGAGAUCAGGCUGCAGGUUUAAGGGGAGAGGAAGAAGUUAGAUCCGGAGGACUGACUUCCGGACGACAAUGAGUGCUCGGGCCACGCGACCUCGAAGCCGGCGAGGGAGGCACGCUCCGCCUGGGGAGCUCGAUCCUGUGGCAGAGAGUUCAGAGGAGGCAGAGGCAGCCAGCGGGAGCUCUGAGCCGGGCCCUGCACCAUCUCAGGAGAGCUGCAAGCCGGGGCUGCCGGGGCCAGAGGCGGAGGCCAGCGGGCAGGGCUCGGAGGGCAGGACCAACAAAGAGGCUGCGGAGGACUCUAGCCCGGGACUGGCCCCAUCUCUCAAGGGACCACAUGAGCCUGCAGAGGAAGGUCACCAGGCCACAGAUGUAGCCCCACCGACGGGGGAGCCGGGCCCCCCCAGGCCUGGAGCCUCUGAUGUGUUUCAGAUUCUCCAGCAUGCUCUGAGCUCGCUGGAGGCUGCCGCCGCUGCCUGGCGCCGCCAGCCCCCAAGCCGUCCUGGGCCCGUGGAGGCAGAGGACAGAAGCGAGGCAGGACCAAGGCCCUGCUCAGAGCAGGAGGGAGUCGGGGGGUGCCAGAGGGAGGCAGCCCGCCUGGCGGAGAGGAAUGCCUGGCUGCGAUUGGCCUUGGGCAGCCGAGAGGAGGAGCUGACUCGCCUGCAGGCCUCGGUGCAGGCCAUCCAGGCAGAAAAGGUGAUGCUGCAGAGAGAGGUCGAAGAGCUCCAGGAUUCCCUGCUGAGGCUGGAGCCCUUCCCACCUCCCUCCCGUGGCCGAGCAGGUGGCUCGGGCAGCGGCUCCAGCAGCUCUGGGGUAGAUGAGGAGCCCUGGGGGCCUCAGGACCCCUUCUCCCUGGCUCACCCCCUGCUCCGGCGCCUCCGGAGUGAUUCCAGCACUCAGAUGCUUGGGCCUCUCCGCACUCAGCCCCUUGGCCCCGAGAUGCGCAUCAUGGAAGCCCAGACGGAGCAGCUCCGGGGGAGCAUCGAGAAGCUCAAAUGUUUCAACCAUCUGCUGUCAGCUGUGCUGCAGGGGUACAAGGGCCGGUGUGAAGGCCUCAGCAUGCAGCUGGGCCAGCGGGAGGCCGAGGCCACAGCCCUGCGUCUGGCCUUGCAGUACAGUGAGCACUGUGAGGAGGCGUACGGAGUCCUGCUCACUCUCCGGGAGGCAGAUUCGGGGGCAAGAGAGGGAGCCCCUCUGAGUGACCUGGAGGUGGCCGAGAAGGAGGCUCGGAGGCUGCUGGCCGAAGAGGAGGCUGCCGUGGAUGGAGGGACACCAGGGAAUCCACAGCCAAGCCCUGAGGGCAGCAGUGUGGAUGGGCCCACACCGCAGGAGAUGGCUACCCAGCUCUGGGGCUAUGUCCGGCGUCUCCAGGAGCGCCGUGCUCUGGUGAAGAUUCCCCCAGAGCCUGGCCCAACUCUGGCACCCAUGCCCACUGUGCCCCAUGCGGAAGCCAUGGUGCAGGCCAUUCUGGGGAACCAGCCUGGCCCAUCGCUACCCCGGUUGGAGAAAAUCCAGAUCCAGCAGGACCUGGCAGCCACACGGGAGACGCUGGCAGACCUGAUGCUGCAGCUGCAGUUGACGCGGCGGGAGAAGCGGGGUCUGGAGCUGAAGGAGGCUGCCCUCCGAGCCCAGGGCCCAGCUCACGCGCUCCUGCGGGAGCAGCUGCGGUGGGAACAGGCACAGCUCUGGAGCGGUGGGGCCGACAGCAGUGGUGGAGACAGCAGCGGAGACGAAGAGGAAUCGUCUCAGGGCCCCCCAGCCGUUCUUGGUGGCAGCAGGAGCAUUGAUGGAGGCCAGGCAGGCAAAGUGCAGGACCCGGAGAUUCUUGCCCAGGAACUGGCGGCGUCGCUUAACCGGGCCCUGGGCCUGCGGGAGCAGCUGCAGUCUCUGCGGGAGGAACUGGAACAGGUGGCUCAGAAGGGGCGAGCCCGACGUGCUCAGAGUGCGGAGCUGAACAACGAUUUAUGCAAGGCUCACAGUGCCCUGGUCCUGGCCUUCCGAGGUGCCCACCGGAAGCAGGAAGAGCAGCGGAGGAAGCUCGAGCAGCAGGUGGCACUAAUGGAGGUCCGACAGGCAGAGGAACUGGAGCUGCUAGAAGCCACCGUAAGGGCACUGGGGAAGCCCAGACCGUCCCGUCUGCCUCCCCGGCUGGGGGAGACCUUUUUGUAGGCCCCAUUCUGGCUGUGUCUGCCUGUACCGGACAGCUAGGGCAGGCCACAUAAACUGUCCUGGACUGAUACUA